AAACAUCAGUCCCAUGGUACCAGGAAACCAAACACAAUUCACUGAAUUUCUACUCCUGGGAUUUUCUGAGACACCAGAGCAUCAGGGUCCUCUCUUUGGACUUUUCUUGGUCAUGUACUUGGUCACUGUGGUUGGAAAUCUGCUUUUAAUGCUAAUUGUUACCUCUGACUCUCACCUCCAUACACCCAUGUACUUCUUUGUCUCCAAUCUGUCCUUUGUGGAUCUCUGUAUCAUAACCACUACAGUUCCCAAUAUGCUGGUGAACUUCUUGAAACGAAGUAAGGUUAUACCCUAUGCUGGCUGUCUUGCCCAGUUGUACUUCUUCAUGGCUUUUGGUAGUUUGGACAAUUUCCUUCUCACUGCAAUGGCCUAUGACCGUUUUGUGGCAAUCUGUCACCCUCUGCAUUAUGCAACCAUCAUGAGCCCUAGACUCUGUGUCCUCUUGGUGCUACUCUCCUGGAUAAUAAGCCUUGUACAGUCCCUCAUUCAGAAUCUGAUGGUAACAAGGCUCUCUUUCUGUAGAGAUCAUGAAAUUCAGCACUUCUUUUGUGAUUUCCCUCAAAUUUUGAAACUCUCUUGUUCUGACACCUUUAUCAAUUAUAUGUUAUUAUAUAUUACGACUGGGCUGCUGGGUAUUGUCCCACUCACAGGGAUUGUUUUCUCAUACAGUCAGAUCUUUUCUUCAAUUUUGAAAGUCCCAUCUGCUAAGGGUAAGUACAAAGCCUUUUCUACCUGUGGAUCUCAUCUCUCUGUUGUUUCUUUAUUCUAUGGUACAGGGAUAGGAGUAUAUUUAAGUUCUUCCACUACCCAAUCUUCCUGGAAGAGCACAGUUGCUUCAGCAAUGUAUGCUGUGAUCAUCCCCAUGUUGAAUCCCUUCAUUUAUAGUCUAAGGAAUAAGGACAUAAAAGAUGCCCUUAGGAAGAUAAUUAGCAAAGGAACUUCCUUUGAGUGAUGGGUGAUCCUUAGAAAAGAACAUGGUUAUUUUUGCAAAAAAUAUUGGGAAUCAAAAAUCCUGGGUUCCUCAGUUCUCUCUCCAGUCAAAUCCAUCCUCAAUUUAAAACCUGCAGUGAUUUUCCUAAAGUACAACUCUUACCCUUUCACUUCCACCCAUCAAUUCAAUUAAUGGUGUCUGUUGUCUCCAGCCUCAAGCACUAAAUCCUCUGUUCAAAAUUCAAAUUCCUUACAACCUGGCCUCAUUCUACUUUUGCAGUUUUCUACUACUUUAUUCCCUACUAUAAACUCUUUCCUCCAGUGACAUUAGUCUUUUUGCUCAUCCAUGAAUAAAAUACUCCAUUUCUUGACUCCAGGUAUUUUCUAAGCCUGCUCUCCCUACUUAACUCUACAUACUAUCUUCAUUUAUUUCUUUUGAGGCCCAACUUUUUAAAACCACUAUCUUUCACUGGAUGUUUUUCCCAAUCCUCUUACUUUUAUUGACUGCCCUCUUUUGAUGAUAUUCUGUGAAUUUUCUAUAUAGCAUGCUGAUACAUGUUCCUUUUUAUGUUACUUAUUGUUAGAUUAUGAGGUCAUUAAGGUCAGCAACUAAUUUUUGCCUCCUUUUGUAUGCUUAGCACAGUGACUGACAAAUAGUAGGUACUUAAUAAAUGUUAAUUGAUGGACAUAAAACUUCCUACCUUCCUGACUCACUCUGCUCUUGUUGACUACAAAUUGUAUUGGUUCCAACCAGAAGAGUGGUAAGGGCUAUGCAAUGAGGGUUAUGUGCCUUGUCCAGCAUCACACAGCUAGGAGUGUCUGAGGUCAGAUUGGAUCACUCUGCUCUUGUUGACUACAAAUGACUUUGACAUUUUUUCUUCACUGUCUCUAUUCCUGGAGUUUCUACCUCAGUCACAGUUGAUUGAACACUUCCUGCUUCUUCAGGACAUUUCCAGCUCAAAAAGUACUGGGAAAGAAAUGACAAAGCCAGGAUUUUAGUCUUCUGUGUAGAGUUUAUAGUCUAUGUGCCAUAGGCAAACUAAUGAAAUGUCUUUAACCAUCAGUUUAUUCAUUUCUAAAAUGGAAAUUGGAAAACAAGUCCUAACUACCAGACAGACUUUUUCCUACAUAAAUGAAAUAUGCUGUAUAUUAAAGAGCUUUGUAAACUAUGAAAUGAUAUGUAACUGGAGUAAAGAAAGAAGAAAUUAGAGAAAACCAUUAUGGGAUUUCAUCAUUGUGAGUCUAUGUUCUAACUCUUCCAUAUGUUAUCACAUAAGUACUAUGAGUGAGAGAUGAUGAAAAAAACCAUCACAGAGUAUUCAACAAUUUCUUGAUAAGUUUUUUUAUCCUUUACCUGACACCAUAGGUGAAGUCUUUCUAGUUUAGUUGAACUUCAAAGAACUAGAGCUCUGGUGACAUAGCCUUUGAGAAACUCAGAUCAAUUCCAUUUUGCUAUAAAACACUGUAUAGAUUUAUAUAUCCAUAUACAUAUCUACAGAAAGUGUGAUUGCUUUCAUGAUCAUCUUUAUAAAAAUUCUCAAACAUGGAUCUGAAUAUAUCACUAAUAUGGUUAAGAUGCUUCACUGGUUCCCUAUUAUAUACUAGGAUAAAAUGGCAUCUCCUAUGAAAUUGAAAAACCUUUAUAAUCUAAUUACAUAAUAUGUUUCUUGCUAAUUUGACAACCCUAACCUAACAUAUCCUACCUUCAGUCAAACUCACCUAUUUAUAAUAAUGUUUCAUCUCUUUCCUCAGUGCCCAUGUAUGGAACAGAUGUCAAUAUAUAUUCAUCUCUGUAUCUUCUAUCCAAAAUUUUCUUUUCUUUUUUUAAGUAUGCUAUUCU